UUUCAAAAUACAGCACGAAGCGGCGCUUCGAUCGGUGUCAAGUCUAAGGAGGCUCAAUACUUCUGCUUCUCUUUGAAAGAGUAUUUUUGUUGUAGAUCGGUUUUUACGAUUUUAAACGUACGAAAAUGCUAAUUAGCUUAUUUAAUAAAUACGUAGUAACACCAGGAGUACAAAAAUGGAUGUACAAUAUAUCUGGUUUUAAUAAAUACGGAUUAAUGCGCGAUGACAUACGUAGCGAAAUGGAUCCAGAUGUACAAGAAGCAUUAAGAAGACUUCCAGAACAUGUAAGAGAUGAACGUAAUUUCCGCAUAGUAAGAGCUCUUCAAUUAGAUGCAAUGAAAAGAAUUCUACCUAAAGAACAAUGGACUAAAUUCGAAGAGGAUGUAUUAUAUCUUACUCCAUUAGUAGACGAAGUUGUUAAAGAACGAGAAGAAAAGGAGAGAUGGAAUCUUGAAUAAAACUUGAAUAUAUUAGCAAUUAGUUGUACAUUUUAUAGCACACUAAUACUUGUGUCAUUUAACACAAAGAAUAUGUGUAUAAAACUUACGAAUAAUGUAUAAGUUAUAUAUAAAUAUAUUAAAUGGAAUAUAGUA